ACCUCCACGGUAGAAAUCUUGAUAUGCCGUUUCGCCCAUUUUCGCGCUCCUUUGACACACACACUGCAAAGCCAGCAUAGUCGCGCCGCCAUCUUCACUUUUCGUGCCAAGGAAGGGUACACUGGGUGAGAGGGGGCGACACUACGAGAGUGUCAAUCCCCCUCCACCGUAGGCUGUUUUUCCCUUCUGCAUCUCGCUCUAUGGUUGGAGUCUUUCGCCUCGAGGAAGAAGCCAUCGAAGAAGAAUUAGCUUUCGAGGAAGACGUAGCACUCGUUAAAGCAACGCUCGACGGAUUGCAUCUCGCUCUGUUGUAGUUGGAGUCUGUCGGCCAUCCAUUCUUGUAUCCAUCGCGUGCUCAUCUCCAAUCAUGGCGGCGAUUCCGGCUGACACCGCACAGUUCGAUGCCCGGAACUACGAUCAGAAGAUGGAGUCCGUGCUGAAGGAGGAUGGAGAUGACUUCAUCUCUACAUGGGAGGAGGUGCACGAAUCCUUCGACGCUAUGGGGCUCAGGGAGAACCUGCUGAGAGGCAUUUAUGCGUACGGUUGCAUUGCCUGUGUCACUUGUUUCGAAAAACCGUCGACCAUUCAGCAGAGGGGCAUCGUGCCGUUCUGCAAAGGACUGGAUGUCAUUCAGCAGGCACAGUCCGGUACGGGGAAGACGGCGACUUUCUGUUCUGGAGUUCUGCAGCAGCUGGACUACGAGACGUUGGCAUGCCAAGCACUCGUACUUGCGCCUACGCGAGAGUUGGCGCAGCAGAUAGAGAAGGUCAUGAGGGCACUGGGAGACUACCUCCAGGUGAAGGUACACGCUUGUGUCGGAGGCACGAGCGUCAGGGAGGACCAGAGGAUCCUGCAGAGUGGUGUACAUGUUGUCGUUGGAACACCAGGACGUGUGUACGACAUGCUUCGCCGAGGAGCGUUGAAGCCCGACUACAUUAAAAUCUUCGUUCUCGACGAGGCCGAUGAAAUGCUCUCCCGAGGAUUCAAGGACCAGAUUUACGAUAUCUUCCAGCUGCUACCGGGCAAGCUCCAAGUCGGUGUGUUCUCGGCUACCAUGCCUCCUGAGGCUCUGGAGAUCACGAGAAAGUUCAUGAACAAGCCGGUGAAGAUUCUGGUCAAGAGAGACGAACUGACCCUCGAGGGUAUCAAGCAGUUUUACGUGAACGUGGACAAGGAAGACUGGAAGCUUGACACUCUGUGCGAUCUCUACGAAACCCUGGCCAUCACGCAGAGUGUCAUCUUCAUCAACACGAGAAGGAAGGUCGACUGGUUGACGGACAAGAUGCGCUCUCGUGAUUUCACGGUCUCUGCUACCCACGGAGAUAUGGACCAGAACACUCGUGAUGUCAUCAUGAGGGAAUUCAGGUCCGGUUCCUCUCGCGUCUUGAUUACCACCGAUCUCCUUGCGCGCGGCAUCGACGUGCAGCAGGUCUCCCUCGUCAUAAACUAUGACCUGCCCACUCAACCCGAGAACUACUUGCAUCGUAUUGGAAGGAGCGGGCGAUUUGGGAGAAAGGGUGUGGCCAUCAACUUCGUCACGCAGGACGAUACCCGCUUGUUGCAAGACAUUCAGAAAUUCUAUAACACGCAGAUCGAGGAGCUUCCGAGCAACGUUGCAGAUUUGUUGUAGAUAAUAAACCGAGCAGAGGUGGUGGGUGGUGGCAUCAUCCGUAUGUGGUUGAUCUUGUGUGGUGUUUUUGCUUUUUGCUGUCCGCAAGCGAGCGGGCUAGGGAGAGGUAAGAAGAGGAAUAUAGACUGUAGACGGUACUGGUUCUGGUCCCGGUGGUGGGAAGCGGAGGUGGUUGGAUGUGUCCUCUCCGAAGUCUCUGCUGCAAUGGCAUGCUCGAUGUGGUAUUAUGAUCUUUGUUGGCGGCGGAGUAUGGUAAAUUGACUAGACUAAGUUAUAGAGGACAUUGUGUAUUGAAAAGAGGGUGAUGAUGCCUCAGAACGGCAGACAGGAGAGCGAGAGAGAGAGAGAGAGGGAGAGGGAGGAGCAGGUGGUGCUCUUGAGUGUUUGGGCCAGCUGCUGGUUACUGUGCAAUUCUCCAGUGAGUUUCCCUUUUGGAAGGGAAGACUCUGAAACGGUGUCCAUUCUAUUUCGCGGUGUCCGAGGAGGUGGUUCGGCGGUGGGUAGACGGUGCUGUUGUGCUCGCCGCACCUGCGUGAUAGAGGAGUUUUGUCCGUGUUUUUUUGAGCUUCUGUGGUAUACGAUGACUUUUUUCGCUUUCCUUUUUGUCGUUUGUUGUUUUUCCUUUUCGACUCUUGACAUCUGGCAAGAGUCUUCGGAAUUGAAAUACGUGGCGCUGCCUGGAAGCGUUGCGCGACUCCUUUUAGAUAGUACAUGUUUCUUUUUUCUCGAUUUUCAAUGUGAAUGCUAUGGAAUAUGUUAUGGGAAGUCAUCGUGCGUCUUGAGUUGGAUGCUAUGGAAGAUGUUAUGGAAGUCAUCGUGCGUCUCGAGUUGGCCUUUUCUGGACCUCGUGGGUGGUUGGGGGUGGGUGUCCCUCGCUGCCGGUUGGCUCAGGUUCACAGAACUCUUCUUUGUCUGUGCGGUUGUUUUUGACAUGCGUUGGUGUUGAAAGACUAACGUAAGAACAUAAAAUAUUAGGAUGCGUUAAAUUAUACACUUAUCUUCUUAACACCAACGCUUCUUUUUCGCGAAAGCUGUGCAAAAUUCGAUGUGUCUUAAAAUUUAGGAUUUAUAUACCUGGAUGAUCUUUGUAUCUUGAUUUCGGCGACAUUAUUUUUCGGAAUGAAACCGGUGACGUUUAGGUUACUCAACUCGGGGAAAGAAAAGAGAAUGGACUGACCCAAUUAAUAAAAUUCUGUUGACGUCACACAUGAUGCAUAUUUGGAUUGGAUAAAGGUCGUUAUGACGCGGCAGGAGUGACGUUCAAACGGUAGCUGUGAGCCAGUGGAAAAGAUGUUUCGAAGAUAUGGGUUGACGUCAAUGAAAAUGAAGACUGUUCGUGGUC